AUGAGACGAUGCGCUUUGAUCACAGUCGCAGUCACGUCGACAUCUUUUAAUACCGCUUCUGCCGCUGCGAUAUCGCAGUGGGGCGCGAGGCGUGUUUCUUAUCUUCAUGAUCAACAUGACCACUGCAAGUCUUACCGCAGUGCAACUGCGUUCAAACUGCAGCCACACGAAGUGAAUGAGUCGAACGUCCCGUCGGCUCGGGAGGUUAUGGCGAUGAUUCCAUCGACUAAAGAGUUGCAGGAACAGUUGCCAUCCGCCCUUGAGCUGGAGGCAAAAUACGUCCGGCCGGCGGCGGUGAACGCGGGCCCGGUGAGGCGGCAGGAGGAACCGCCACUGUGGCCAAACAGCGACACGGUGGAAGAAAUCAUGGAGGAGAUGCGUUACGGUAGCGUCGAGGAGGGGGAUGUUGUGCCGUCGCCAUCGCCCGAACACAUUUUACUGGCCUGGCGUGCGCUGAUAUGGGGCACGCUGUAUGCUGUCAUUGGAGUGUCUUUUGUGGUUUACGUGGCAAUGUACACAUGCGGAAUGCGAGGCGUGGGCGAUGUAUUGGGGUACACGCGGGGUCGGGCAGAGCGUGAGCGCAGUCGUCUCGCUAAAGAUGGAGAAGAGGUGGCUUAUUAUGUGGUGGAUCUAACCAAUCCUUCUACGCUUAUUGAGCAGGUGCGGGAGAUUUGGAACGCGCUGCAAGAGUUUGCCGAAGACGGGGAUAAAGACGAGCAUGCAUCCUCUUCGAGAGAAGGGGGCCCACGUGUGUCUUGA